AAAUACUCUGCAGCCCAUAAAGUUUCUCUCAGCGAGAUCCAAACUUAGACCGAGAGGAUCUGCUGCACCGAGUGAAGCUCAGAACACAGAGAAGAUCUGAAGAUCUGCUCAGGAGAAAAAGAUCAAAGGAGGAGAGGAUCUGAACCUCAACAUGUCCAGCAAGCGCCCCAAACCCAAAAUAUCUCGGCGCCUGAGUCGGGACCUGACCUGCUCCAUCUGCCUGGACCUGUUCCAGAACCCCGUGUCCCUGCAGUGCGACCACACCUUCUGUGAGACGUGCAUCACCAGCUACUGGAGCGGGACGCGCUCGCCUCCCACACCCGGUGCACCUGGCACACCUGGAACACCCGGCACACCUGGCACGGGAUUGCCUGGCCUGUGCCCUCAGUGCCGGAAGGUGAUCCCCGGUCGGAGCUACAGACCCAAUCGGAUCCUGGCCAACAUCGUGGAGACGUACACCCAUGAGAUGGAGGAGGAGAUAGCGAGUGAGAGUGCGGACGUGGGCGUGGCGGGCGCGGCGGGUACACCGGUGAAAACCAUGCCACAGUGCCCGCGGCACCGCGAGGAGCUGAAGCUGUACUGUGAGGAGGAACACGAGCUGGUGUGUGUGACCUGCGCCGUGUCUCAGGAGCACCAGGCCCACGCCCUCCUGUGUCUGGAUAAAGCCGAGCAGAAGUACCGGCAGUUACUGAGCAGCUCGGUGUCGGCGCUGCAGACGGAGAUAAACACGGCACUGCAGUGUGAGAGAAAGGCCGAGGACGAGGUCAAGAAACUAAAGGAACACACGGCGGAUCUGAAGCAGCGUAUCGAGGCUCAGUUCAGCGAUCUGCACCAGUUCCUCUACCAGGAGGAGAAGCUCCUGCAGGUGAAGCUGAAGACGGAGGAACAUCGAGAGCUGAUCCGACUGGACCAGCACAAAGCUCUGGUGUGUGAGGAGAUCAGGAGACUCCAGCAAACCCUGAACGACAUCGAGGACAAACUGAGAGAACACGGACCGUACACACUGCUGAGGAACAUCAAGAGUCUACUGCAGAGACAGCCUCUGAAGUUUGAGAAGCCGACCCUGAUGCCUCCUCAGCUGUGUGAAGGCCGAUUCGCUGGUCCACUCCAGUACCGAGUCUGGAAAUCUCUCAAAGGAAGCCUUUACCCAGUGCCGUCCGCCAUCACGUUCAACUGUAGCACGGCGAACCCGUGGCUGAGCGUGACGCCGUCUCUCACCUGCGUCCGCUACCAGACCUUCAACAGCUCGGCGCGGGACAACCCUCAGCGCUUCGACGCCGCCCUGUCGCUGCUGGGCAGUCAGGGCUUCACCCACGGCUGCCACUACUGGGAGAUCGAGGUGUCCAGCAGCACCGUGUGGACGGUGGGCGUGGCCCGGGAGUCCGUCAGCAGGAAGGGCGUGAUCAAAGCUCUGCCGGCUAACGGGUUCUGGACGGUGUCACUGUCGUACGGCGUGCAGUACAUGGCGGGGACGUGGCCCCCCACCGUCCUGACCCUGACCGAGCACCUGGAGCGCAUCGGCGUGUACCUGGACUAUAAACGAGGUCUGGUGUCGUUCUAUAACGCCGACAGCAUGAUGCACCUCUACACCUUCCGCGACGCCUUCACCGAGGCGCUGUACCCGUACUUCAACCUCGGCUUCCUGGAUAAAGUGCACGAGAACGAGCCGCUGAAAGUCUUCGUCCCCAAAAUAUGAGCUCAGCGUACGUGCUGAUGGUGCACAGUCUUAAAAUCUGAGUGCACCAGUCAGAACGGUUCGUAUUCGUUUAUUUUUCCAAGUGCUUCCAGGAAAACAUGAAGCAUUAGCUAGCAGGUUAUGGAACCAGCUGUAAACUAGCUAUUUAGUCCUGUAACAGAGAGUCUGGACCAAAACAUAGUGCCAGAUUUAGAAAUUAUGAGACUCGUAUAAAGACAUUUUAUUUUGUGAACCAUUCUGGCCGUCUCGUACAUUUGCUCAGUGGUGAUCAUCUUCCUCUCUGAGAUGCACUUGUUCUUAAAAAUCUAAAUGUGCCUUUCUUCCUCUUUCUUUAGUGUCCAGACUUCAGAUCCAUACGUGGCUACUGACCAGACCAAGACUCUCAUCAGUCCUAGCUUAGUGAUGGUGCUCAUUGACUAGUGUUUAUUUCUGUAUUCUUGUCAGUUUGACCAGCACAGCCACAUUUAUUGUCGUUUUUGAUGUCACUUUACGUGUUAUAAACUCCACAACACAGCGCUGUACUAAUGUUAACCUGCUAACUCGUUAACCAACAUUCAAGUUACCAGAAGCCGGUGUCUUGCUAAGCACAGACGCUUUUAAAACACUGAUUGUUUUCAGUACAUGUAUGAUACAUCCUGGUGCACACACCGGUCUGGAGGACAGAAUUUGGUUUCUGCUGCUGUUGAAGAGUCACGUGAGUCACGUGUGUUUCCCAGGCUGGACCUGGUCAGUUAUAGAUAUUUACUAAUCAAUUGCUGAUCCUGGAUCAGUUCUUGUAGCAUUUAAUCCUUAUAUAAAUCUGGUCUGGAAUCAGUAAAGCAGUAAAGGUCUCAAGUGACCUGCAACUGUUAUUGGGUGUUUAUUACAGAAUUGUAAGCGGCUUCAGAUAAAGUGCCUGAAAAAUGUCAUAAAUAAAUGUACGUAUGUAGAAAUCCGUCGCUCUCUGGUGACAAUAGAGAGUCAGACGUUCAGGUUUCUCUGUGGAAUAAAAUAAUUCAUGUUCUGAGUUUUUAGAACUCGACUGUAGAUGGGUUUUGGAUCCCAGACAGCUAUUGUUUAUACUGGUGCAGUACUGUGGGAACAGUAUAAUGGCCUUCAUGACCUGAGCUGUGCGCUGUAUAUAGAAUAUAACCUGAGUUCUCAUUCACCUUGUCGGCUGGGACGCUGUCAUUUGAUUAUAAUUUGAUUGGUGUAGCAAAUAAUAUGCAAAAGAACCGGGGUUCAGCCUCUUCAUUUGUUGUUUAAGGAAGCUGUUUAAUAAGUUUAGUAAAGUGGCCGGUCUCGUGUGGAUGGACAGUUUAGAUUGCUGGCGCUAUGCUGUGAUGGUUUUCUUCAGGUUUUGGUUGUUAAAUGUGUCCUGGAGAGAAGGAUGCACUUCCACUCCUACAGCACACCACAAACCUGAAGCUAAACUGGUUUAAGCACCAAUAUUUCAGCCUAAUUUGGGACACACGUAGUUUACUGUGGCUUAUUUUUAUCUGAAUAUGAUCCUAAAGCUAUAGACACCUGAAACGAUCCUGUGUAAACAGGGUGUAGGAUUUUUAGAGUUUAGCAAAUAUAAUAUGAAAAUAUGGGUGCAGGCUCAUAGUUACUGAUAGUUAGAUUCUAUACUCAUGUACAGUCUUGAUUAUUAUGCUGUGACUAUUAAAAUAUAUAAUCAUUCUUCAUCUGAAUUGCAUCUAUAAUGAGUGCUGGUCACUCAGAUGAAAUGCCUUUUCAGAUUUACAUGAUCUAUACCAUGCUGGUUUUAUAUACAGAUGUUCUAUCACUGUGAUUGGCAGUGAAAACAUCACACUGUUUAAGGCUGUUUCAUUUUUUCUACAAAAAUCAAUAAAGUCACAAACAAA